CCGUCUUCCUGUUUUUAUCUUUUCCCAUGAGCCGCCUCUGAAUAUUUAUCCAAAUCCUAAAAUCUCUCCUUAAAACCCACCUCUCUCAACGCGCCUGUUGAGUUGGAAUCGAAGUCGGAUUCGGAAUCGGAAUCCCAACUGCUAAAACGACUUCGUUUUCUUCUCUCCUUCUUUCCCUCUAUUAAAAACCUCUCCCCCGGCUUCACCUUCUCUUUCCGUCUCAAACAAUGGGCUUUUCCUCCUCUCCUUGUUUUUGAUUUUUUUUUUUCGUUUUUCUUUUUCAAGGACGAGUCUUCUGUCUGAUUUUAUAUUGUUUUCGAUCAAAUAGAAGGCUUGUUUUUGUUUUUGUUUUUGGAGUAGAAAACGUAAAUGGGUUUGGUGAUUUUCGGUAGAGAAGAUGAUGACGGCGACGUUUUGUUUCCGCCGGCGAAUUUUUCUAUGGUCGAAGACGGUGUUUUCAGAUCUUCCUUCCCUCAAUCCCUCAAUUUCUCUUUCCUUCAAACUCUAAAUCUUCGAUCGAUCAUAUACUUGUGCUUUGAGCCAUAUCCACAAGAGAAUAUGGAGUUUCUUCGUGCUCAUAAUAUUAAACUAUUCCAGUUUGGAAUUGAGGGGAAGACGGAUUCUUCUGUAUCUAUUCCCAAGGAUACUAUCAUGGAGGCUCUGAAAAUCUUAAUUGAUGUAAGGAAUCAUCCGGUUCUGAUUCAUUGCAAACGAGGAAAGCAUCGGACGGGUUGUCUUGUUGGUUGCUUUAGAAAACUGCAAAAUUGGUGCUUGCCUUCUGUUUUUGAGGAAUACCGACAGUUUGCUGGUGUGAAAUCAAGGAUUGCUGAUCUGAAAUUUAUGGAAACCUUCGAUGUGACGUGCCUGAAGCAGUGUCUGUACAGCAUUAUCUACCAGUACCAUGGAUAUGGUUCAAACAAGAGGCGUUUACUUUAUAGAGAAGAGAAUAUACAGAAGCCCCAAAUCAAGUCAAAUUAAGAACCACAUUUUAGUUUUGGUUCCUAACCACACUCAAGCCCAUUCAAAGAGCAUGCAUCUAUGAUAUGUUUUAGAAUCAAAUUACAUUUAUUUAUGAUUUCAUUUGACGAAACAUAAUCCAUUUGUACUCUUUGAUUCAUCCCCCAUGAUUGUUUUCUUUUCUUUUCUUUGUCUUCCUUAAACGCAUACAAGGAGAGGCAUUGCGAAAUUGCAAUGACAGGGUGAAGUUCUGUAUUGUAAUAUAAAAGUUGUGGGCUUCAUCUUCAAA